CCUUUUUCUCUAUAACAGUAUAAGGAAAAAAUACUUUUUUUUUUAACUUGUCUGUGCUUAAUGCUAACUGUUGUCAAGUAGCAAAAAAGUUAUGCAAUAGAGUUGGAAUCAAGCUGUGAUUGGCUGAAAAAAAGUUGAAAAUAAUCAAAAUCCAAUUCAACAAAAAAUAUCAUGGGUUGGUUUGUAAAUGAGUUUCCUAAGUAUUUUGUAAUGGUGAUAUGGGUUGGUCUAAACCUGAUGCUAUUUUUACUGACUUACUUCCAGUAUACUGAUGGUGAAAAGUAUUAUUAUCUCAGAUACAUAAUAAAAGGAGGUCUUCCAGUUGCCAGAGGAGCUGCUGCAAUGCUAAAUUUUAACUGCAUGCUUAUUUUGUUACCUGUUUGCAGAAAUCUUCUAUCAUUCGUGAGAGAAUUACCUUUUCUUCCUCACAGUGUUGGUCGCAUCAUGGACAAAAAUAUUACUUUUCAUAGAAAUAUAGCUUACAUGAUUUGUUUUGCAACAGCAUUGCAUAUUUGUGCUCAUGUAUUCAAUAUUGAAACAUUGGUAUCAAGUUGGCAAUCUAAGGAUCCUGUUAUCCAAUAUUUAAACCAUUUAGAUGAUAAUAUACUCAAUCAAACUCGUUUGAACCCAAUCCGUGGACCAGAAUUAGAUCCUAUCAUUGAGCUACUAAAAACAGUUGCUGGUGUGACUGGCGUGAUUAUCACAAUAGCUCUCAUAGUGAUGGUUUCUUCAUCAACUGAGUUAAUAAGACGAUCAUAUUUUGAAGUUUUUUGGUUUACUCACCAUUUGUUUGUUAUCUUUUUUGUUUUAUUGGUGUUCCAUGGUUUUGGCAAUUUGGUUCGUUCUCAAAAUAAUGUUGCACAGAGUAAUCCAGAAAAAUGCAUAAAAAAUUUUACUAUGUGUCCUCUACCACAGUUUUCUGCAAAAGGUCCAGAGACCUGGAAAUGGAUUGUUGGACCAAUGUUUUUAUAUCUUAUUGAGCGUUGCUUGCGUUUUUAUCGAUCAUUUGAAACUUGUGAAAUUAAAAAAGUUGUGAAACAUCCAUCCAGGGUUGUUGAAUUUCAGCUACGAAAACCUGGAUUUAAAGCAUCUGCUGGCCAGUAUAUCUUUCUUCACUGUCCAAGCAUAUCACCACUUGAAUGGCAUCCUUUUACUUUGACCUCGUGUCCAGAAGAAGAUUUUUUUAGCGUUCACAUACGCCAAGCUGGAGAUUGGACUGAAGCACUGGCAAAAUACUGUGAUGGUAACUCCAAUCAAAAAACUGUGGACACUUCGAAGAUACCAAGUCUGGCAGUUGAUGGUCCAUUUGGAACAGCUAGUACAGAUGUGUUUUACCAUGAAAACUUGAUGUGUAUUGGAGCAGGGAUUGGAAUAACUCCUUUUGCGUCCAUAUUAAAAAGUAUAUGGUAUCGACACCACCGUGGUGAUACAACGUUGAAAAUUAAAAAAGUGUAUUUCUAUUGGAUAUGUCCAGAUACCAAUGCUUUUGAAUGGUUUUCUGAUUUGUUACAAUCACUUGAAGACCAAAUGACAGAAAAAGGUUUGCUGGACUUUUUGGAAUAUAACAUCUAUCUUACUCAAGGAUGGGGAAAAGGAGAUGUAAGAAACAUUGUUCUUCACGAAAGCGACUCUGCAGACGUUAUAACAGGCUUAAGACAAAAAACCAACUAUGGGAGACCGAACUGGGAUCGAAUUUUCAGCAACAUUGCAUCUUCUCAUAAAGGAUCAAAUAUUGGCGUAUUCUUUUGCGGACCUGCUGUACUUUCUCAUGUUUUACACAAAAUGUCGAACAAAUAUAGUGGCGAUUCAGUACGAUUCUAUUAUAAUAAAGAAAAUUUUUAGAGUAUUUUUUAUAUA